AUGAGGUGGUGUCUCUUCUCGGUGUGUGUAUUGCUGCUGUCCGGCGUUAUCCAAGCACAGAAUCAUCCACAAUCACAGGGUGGAACUCAAUAUCAGAGUGAUUGCAACUAUGUGACUCUGGUGAAAUGUUUCAUCGAUAUUUUGGAUGAAUGGGCAUGGACUUUGUAUGAAUUGAGGGCAAAUGUUGUGACGAUCACACCUGAUCAAUGCACACAUUUGACAAGAUUGGAUCGAUGUGUCAAGGAUAACAUCCCCGAAGGAUCUCUUAAACAAUUGGGCAUUGACGAGGACAAGCACAAGCAUCAAUGUCGACAUGAUGAAGUUGUUGAGGCUUCCGAGACAGUGAGCGAUUUGUUGACACACCGAAAGAAGGCUGGAUCUUUCUUGAAGUCAUACUAUCUCCUGACAUACGCUUGCUCGGAAGAAGGUCAAUCGAUUCUUCGAGAGCACCGAGAAUGCCUCAAAUUGGAAGGAAUCAACGAUAUGACGUUGAAGGCUGGCACAUAUUUGACCACAAAAUUCCUUGACCAGCCCCAUGAUGAGUCGUGUGAGAGGAUACAAGAACAAUUGGACGAGUACAUGCAAUCGACGGGAAAUCUCUGCAAGAAGAAAGCCGCCGCGAAUCUCAUGUGCAAGUCCCUCAUUGGAAUGUUCAAGGGAAUGCACGCAGAUGCAUUGGAAGCCUGUGAUCUCAAAUGCAAUCUUGCUCACAUUCAAGAAGAAGCACCAAACUCGAAUGAUGUCCCAGAAACGGUUCCCGAGCAAGUUGCCACCGAUUCGGAUGCUCAAACGAGAAGAGGCGGCUCAUCGUCAACUCUUCCAAUCUCACAAAUGUUCGCAUUCUUGGGAGCAUUCCUUUUGUUGAAUCGA